UUAACCUCGGGACAUUGACAAAAAAGACGAGCAAACAGCUUGUGAUCCGACACCAUGGCCGUCAUCUCGUUUUCCUCCAAGGCUCUGUUGGUGGCCGUUUUGGUGGCCACCGGAGUCAUCGGCAACCCAAUCGGCCUCAAUUCGCGCGACGACUCGUCCGACUCAAUCACGCCUUGUGCCACGGUCAAGUGCACCGCCGAAACCACCUGCAAGGUGAUCGACGGCAAGGCCCAAUGCGUCCCCAUCCGCGGCGUCCCCUGCGGUAACACGGUAUGCGAAGCCGGACUGACGUGCUGCAACCCGUCCUGUGGCAUCUGCACCAAGCCCGGCAUGGCAUGCACCCAGCAAGUCUGCAAUCCCAUUCCAGUCGGCGAACAAUGCGGCCCGACCGUCUGCAAGCCCGGCCUCGAGUGCUGCAACGCGAGCUGCGGCAUCUGCGUGGAACCUGGCCAAGGAUGCACCGAGCAGUACUGCCUUCCCCCCCGAGGCGAGCAGUGUGGCAAGACGUUUUGCAAGCCAGGCACCGAGUGCUGCAACCCGAGCUGCGGCAUCUGCGUAGAACCUGGCAAGGGGUGCACGAAGCAGCUCUGCCUCCCCACCGGAGAGCAGUGCGGCAAGACCGUCUGCCCAAAUGGCCAAGUCUGCUGCAACUCGAGUUGCGGCAUUUGCACCCCUCCCGGCGGCUUCUGCACGCAGCAAUUCUGCAACGAGGAGUGAGAAGUGAUUAGGUGAUGAGGAAGAUCUGACAGGAGUGUUGUGGGGGGAAAGUGUGUCACAUUGUGAUGCAAGGGCCGACCUGCUUUCCAGGUUGGUACCUGACUUGUCAAAAAUGGGGUGUAAGGCAAAAAAGGGGAGAGCGUGUAAAUAAAAAGUCCGAAUGACCUCUUUGUACGCCAACUGGGCUUCGUCAGGGCGAGCUGCCUUGCGUCGAGGUACUCUUGGUGCUAGCCUCAACCAUCAAUCUCUGAUAGGCCUCCAUGGCCGUCUUGCUGAACCUCCUCAGGUCGUCGCCAUA